GGCGCAUCGGCUCUCUCGCCGGCUUUGAUGUUAGCCGCCCUGCGUUCGAGCGAUGAACUGUUCCAGCGCAACUCGUUACUGCGAAAUCACAGUUUCGUAAGACUUCACUCGUCACCUCAGUGCUCCUCUUUCUCCACUGAACCACCCCAAAAGAAGCCCAAAAUCCCCAUGCAGGAAUCCGUCAAUGGAGAUGCCAUUUGCUUGAAUGACCGUGAAAACAGUGAAGAACUGAAGCAGGACAGUGAAGAUUUUUCGGUAUUGGAAGAAACAACAACGGCAACAACAGCAACGACAACAGCAACAACCACCAGAUCUCGUAUUUGGGAAUUUAUUUCAAGUUUUCUAGGAACUCUCGGGAACAGCAAGUGA